UUUUUUUAUUUUUUUUUUUUAAUGGAUUCGCUGCCUGACAGCGAUCAUCCUCGCGAGGUCGACCCCGACCCGUCCGCCUCGCCAAUACCACCGCCAUCGUCCACAUCCCCAGCAUCCGAUCCAGUGGCUGCUGUUGAAGCGGCGGCUGAACAGAACGACGGAAACGCAGCGAACUCGAGCUCGAGCUGCGGUUUCGCGGAACCCGCCGAUGCACUUGCUGCAGCCGCUCCCGCUGACACUCUGGCCGAGUCUGAGCCACAGGGGCAGCCAGCCGACAGUGACGGAGCCGGCGCCGUUGCACCAGCACCAGUACCAGCAGCAGCGGCAGAGCGAGCCCACACGGUCCCCGAACCGCCUGCCCAAGUCCUUCUCAUGGAUGGCCAGCAGCCGCAGACGACGACGACACAAGCAGAUGCAGGCACCACGAACGGUGAUACUGCUGCUGCAACUGAGGCCGGAACGUUGGUCGGAGCGCCGGAGCAGGCUCCUGAAACCACUCCUUCAAUGCCAAUCCCAGCCACUCCAGCGAUCGGUGACUCUGUCGCCGUGGCUCAGACAAGCGAACUUAAGAUCGCUGUGGAUGUACCAAGUCAUGCAAGCGAGGAUGCAAUGUUGGCGAGCGCGUCACCCAAGAUCAUACGUAUCGGCAGCGCUGCUCCAAGUCCAAGUGCUGCUGGCACUCCUAAAGCUGCUGCUGCCAUGGCCAUCGACCUCAGUGGUGCAGUGAUGACUGAAACACAAGUAGGCCACGCUGACCGCAUUGCUUCGGCGCCCCUUCAGGCCAGGUUGCUGCUUCCAGAGACGACCCAAAAGGCUCUAACUGCUCCCUCCUCGUUCUCCAAGCCCGGCGGCGGCGCACUCACCCUUGCUGGUCUGGCACUUGCAGCGCCCAUCCACGCCGCAUCUGUCGCGCCUGGAAGACUUGCAUCUUCGGAAUUCACUACCCUGGAAACACACCGCUCACACUCAACGGGCGCGCUGCCCGAUCGGAAUCAGACAGUGUCGCCACAGGCGUUCAACAAGUCCGAUGCCAACCUGACGCGCUCCCCGGACGUCCAUCUGUUUGGCACGGUGGAGCUUGGCGAAGAGAAUGAUGACUGGACAUUGGUGACCAACACGGACAACAUUACCUUUGCCAGCGUGAUCCAGGAAAAGCUCCACGCAAAAUACAAGCACCACCGGCCAGAGGGCCGCCACAAUCACCACAACCACAACACGAAUUCGGUCGUUUCUACGUCCACACAACAAUCCGGGUCUGUCACAGCCUCCGAGAUCUCUCAAGAAGACAAUGCCAGCCAACGACUGUCAAAUCCGCCAAAGAGCUCGCGGCCAAAGUCUGUCGAUGUCGCGAUUGUUAUUGAUGGCCCGGCCCGAGAUUCGACACGCUCUGACGACCGCUCAGUUACCUCGUCGUCGUCGGCUUCUUCUGACAUUCGCUUGACUACUGUCGGCCUGUCAGUCCCCUCAGUCGACCACGACGCUAGCAACGCCCAGUCGGAAGAGGACAUUGCUGCCCUUUCGGAAAACUUGCUGUUGCCAGGCUCGGAGCAUCCCCACCUGCGAUCGUUCGAUCACCAGAAGAGCAUUGGUGGCGAUGGAGAGGAUGAUGGUUUUGGCGAAGAGAUGCCCCCUCCAGCGCCAAUUGCACGUGUGCAUGCACCGACAUGGAUUCCAUAUCACAAUCCAGUGUUGGUUCUACUGACCUUCUUGGUACCCAUCGCAUUGAUUGUCCUCUUCUACAAUGUCAUUCCGCUGGGCGAUGUCGAUGGAGCCCUGUCUGACAAGCUCGUGUGGAUUUUCGUUGUCAACCCAGUCACCUUUUCCUUGUUCUCGUACCUGAAUUGCAUCGUGUUUUGCGCGUGCCUGGAUGACUCUGUCCCGUGGCGACCGUUGACCUCGUUCAUCCACAUUUGUGUGGGCACCUAUCUGGGAGAAUCGGUGUUUUUCCUCAUCUUUUACGGAUUGUUCGAGUCCUGGCAUGCAAUGGGCCUGGUCGCUUUGCUAGUAGCGAUGAUUUGUACGAUGGGCGGCUUGUACUUUAGCCAAGCUAUCAUCUAUCCGCAAAGCCCCGCAUUGUACUUUUUCCGCCUCAAGGUCUUCCUCAAGGUGGAAAUUUGUCUGCUGAUUUUGAUGGGUCUCCUGACGCUCUACACGAUCGCCUUCCGCGUUGGCAGCAGCUCCGUUCAAAGUAUUCUAUCCUUUGUCCUGUUUAUCGUCACGUUCAUCUUCAAAAAGAUCCUGCUGUCCAUCACCGAUGUUUUCCCGAUUGAGAUUUCGAUGCUGAUUGCUGGAUUGUGGAUGGAGCACCUCGAUGAUACGUUUGCGAUUGUCGCUUACCCACAAGUGGAGAAUCCCGAAAGCGCCACGUUUUUCGCAGUCGCUGCAAGCAAGUUUAUUCAAAACAUGGCAUACUUGCUGUUUUUGACCGACGUAUGGUUCCGCUUCCGAGUUUGGAUUAAGGCGUUUCUCAAAGGCGUUUUCACGUGCCGCGGGACGGAUAAGUCGCAAGUGCCCAUUGAGAAGGACGACAUUGAGGAUCGUGGUCAUUCGAACGUCAAGCCAGGCUACCAUCGUCGCCAGGUCCAGUUUUUCAUGUGGAAAGUGCUGAGCCAGCUGCACUCGUGCAUUUUCUUUCUCUCUGUUGCGCCCGGUCUGAGAUUCGGGUUGAACAACUCGUUCUAUCCAUUCUCGGAGCAUGUCACACAAGCCGCAGGGUCUGUCACGGUGCUGACCAGUAGCCAGUUUAGAAAUUGCUUGUAUUUUGUGACUGCACUGUUCUUCAUGUUCCUCUUUUCCGGCGUGGCUGGCUACUACUUUAUCAAGCGUCGCAUCCCGCGCGUGUUUGCCGACAUUUCCGCGAUCGUGAGAACCGUCUUCCUCGGCCCCACGUACAUUGGCAUUGUGCUCAUGAUCAUUUGCUGCAACCAGCUGCUCGCCGUCGCCAUUCUUCAGGCGCAGUACCGCAUCUGGUUUUGGGAAGAUGCGUUGGAUGACUGAAAAGCUUGAUGGAUUAUGUUGUCUCUCUCUCUCUUUCUUGAAUUGUCGUGUUGUCAAAACUCUUAGGAAUUAGAUUUUACUUGAUAG